UGGUUAGGUUUUUUGCUUAUGUUUCAUAUUAAUUCGGUUUCUUAUUUUUGGCUGUUUAAUAUAAAUGUAAUUAAAAUUGAUUAAUGGAGCCAAAGCAAAUAGAAUCCUUGGCACCUAAAAAAAUUAAACAUAAAACUAAAAAGUUAAAGAAAACCCCAGUUGAAGAAGAUAUGCCUACUAUUGCAAUGAAUUCCGAACAAUCUAAAAAGCCUCUGGUUACAAAGUCUUCAAGUUCGAAUGUACCUUCCAACAAGAAACGUAAAAAGAGGGACAGUGCUUCAAGUGAUGAAGAACGUUGGUUGACAGCUAUUGAAUCAGGAAAACUUGAAGAUGUGGACGACGAGUUGAAGAAAAUUAAGCCAAAAGACCCUGCUUUGAUGACUGCUAGACAGCGAGCAAUGUAUGAAAGAGGUAGUGAUGGGGCAGACACUUUAAUGUCUCUACCAACAGGCUACAAAGAAAAAGUUAUGACAGCAGAAGCAAUUCAGAAGGCUCAAAUAAAAUCACAAAAGAGGAAGCAAUUGGCAGAUGAAAAACGUGAAAAAGAUAAGAAAAAGACAAUGGAGAGGCUUCUGAAGAAACAGGAAUCAAAAGCUACAAAAGAUGCUAAACCAAGGAAGGCUAAAAGUUUAGAUCCUGCUGUAAUUUAUCAACAGAAUGCCUUUUUGACAACAAUUUCAUUUCCGGAAAGCAUUGAAUGUCCCAUUAAAGCAGUCCAGUAUAAAAAACCACGUACCCCUACUUACUGUAUAACAGGAUGUGGAAAUAUUAAGAAGUAUUCCUGUUCUAAAACUGGAGCUCCAUUGUGUAGUUUAAUGUGUUACAAAGAGAAUAUUGCAAACAGGAUACUUUAAUUUUUAUUGUAUUGAAUUAUUUAUUUAAAAAUCAUAUUGAGGAAUAGUUUAGUAUGAGUAUAAUAGUUUUUUUGUAAUUAUUUAUUUUUGA